AUGGACAGCUUCAGCGGAUCUUCUUCUGCCGCAAAGAUCGUCGACGAUGAUAACAAAAAACAAAUAUAUUCCCCACCUACCGGCAAACCUCCCUCUGAUCACAAAGCCAACCGCAAUAUCAUGCUCGAGAAGUUCCAGGCCAAUGCCAAACCAUCACUCGGUCAAUAUACAUACAUACCCAAGCCAUUCUUCUUCUACGGCUCUCUCACGGAUCCACAGCGACUCCAAGAAGUGCUUCAGCUUCCGACACCACCAGCCCUCAAACCAGCCAGAGUAAAGUCUUACAAAAUCAUGCUAUGGGGGCAAUAUCCUGCGCUCGUGGACGGACCAACUAACAGCUAUGUUGAUGGCAUGGCUUGCGUUGUGGAGACCGAGAAGCAACAGGAGAUGCUGGAGCACUAUGAGACGACCGUUUAUAGCGUUGAAGGCAUACGGAUUACGAUUGAAGGGGAAGAGGUGGCUGGAAGAACUUUUAUGUGGGCUGGUGACCCUACAGAGCUGAUGGGAGGGACGUGGUCGUUGGAAGAGUGGGAGAAUGGAGUGGAGGAGGAAAUGGCGUCGCACUUUCGAGCUCUGGAAGAUUGA